AACCGUGACAUUUGCCUGUUGUUGUCCUUGACAACCAAAUAUUAUUGAUCUCAGAAGUAUUUUGCUGUCCCAAUUUGAAUUGAAAAUAUAUUUACGUAUUUUGUUGAUAACAUUAUGGCAGCACAUAUACCAGAAGAGAAAAAAAGAAAAAUCCCAUUGUACCCUGGCUUUCCAGAACUCGCUAGAUCAGAUGUCAGCAUUUUUCCAUCAUACACCAAAUUAGCAUUAGCAUAUCGUGUAGUAUGCCGCCAUCGGUACCAUUGGGCCACUGUAGCUCAACAUAGACAGUUUAUGAAAGAAUUGCACAGUUUUGAAAAACUUCAAGCAAAUGCUUUGGAUGGUGUGAGAGUCCAUCGAGAAUUCUCACAAGGCAUACUGUCUCAUAAAAUUCCUCCGAGAAGAUACAUUCAAAAACUAACACCUGAUCCACUAAACCCUCAUCAGAGAAUGAGGGUAGAAGAGAUUAUUAGUGGUAGAGUUAACUUUGGCCAGAAGUAAGGAUACUGAAGAAACAUCAUUAUAAAAUUAGACGGAUGUUUAAUUUUCAUUAAUUUUGAAGACUCGACAAUCUUGAUAAAAACUUGUUUGCUACAUAAUAUCUAACAAUACAAAUGUGUAAUUUCUUAUGGAGUCAUUGGUUUUUAAUAACAAGCAUCCGAAAUAAAAAUCUAGGGCAACUUCAGUAAUGGAAAACAUUUUAUUUAUUUUUAACUAUAUGUUAUUGGACUUCCUUUUUUUCAUUUUUUUACUCUUCUCUAUAUUACUUUGUAAGAAAUGUGCUUCCUUCUUGGCUUGUGAUAUUUCAGCUCGUAAUCUUUGUUUAUAUGCUGCUUUCUCAUAAGCAAGCCUUUCACUAAGAUGAAUCCACUUAAAUCUUGGAAUGUAUUUGAUGUUCCAUAUCAUAUCAUAAUAGCGUGAUUUCUUCCGUGUACCUAUUUUAGUGUUGUUCAACUUUACAGCAACUUCCUUAGCAACUUUCUUUUUUUGAAAUUCCACCCAACCUUCAGUAAAUUUAUUUGGAAGAUUCUUGCGCUUUUCAGCAGGUUCUAAUAAUUAAAAAAAAAUACAAUUAUUAACUAGCCAUAUAUUUACAUGCGAAAUAGCUACAUAUAGACGAAACCAUGAAAUACAUUUGCCGCCCGUUGAAGCAAGAACAGAUGACACUAAUAACUUACUCUUAUUAAGUUGCAAAUAUAUUCUGCCCACUUCCCCAAAUUGACUAAAAAUUUCACGUAUUUUCGCAACAUUCAUAUACGGAGGGAUAGUGGAUAAAUAGAUUAUGCCACGUUUCCUUAUUUUCUUCUUUUUAUCCACAUUUUCAUAGUCUCCACAUAAAUGGGCUUUGGACCCAUUCUCAGGAACACGUUCGUCUUCCAUGCUUGGCGACAUAAUCUAGCUAAGACGAUAUAAACGUUUAGUCUAGGACUUACUGUUAUCAGCGAUAAUUAACUGAUAAUAAUAAAGUCUAGCUUCGAGACUUACAGAAAAUCAGGAUCUAUUUUGACCAUAAGCAUACAUUUUUCGCAAAAAAAAUAAUAUCAUCAAAUCAAAUGCCAUACAACAAAUGUCAAUCUGAUAGAUAGAGGUUAGUUUGCUGUUUUUUUAU